ACUAGUUUAGUUCUCUGCGUCUUCGUUUUCGUUCGAGAUCUCUGUUUGUGCAAAAUCUGAGAACGGGAGGAACGGAGCAGAAGAAUCUAUGGUGAACGACGACGACGAAGGCCCACCGCCAGGGUGGCAAUCGAACCCAUCGGAGGUAGAACCUGCUUCGCCACCGCCACGGCCACCGCCGACCACCACACCGAGGGAACCUAUGCUUCAGCCACGGUGGUCAGAGAUCGCUCAGAUGGUUUGUGGUUCAUGCCAACAACUUCUAGCCUAUCAGAAAGGGGAGAAGCAUGUGAAAUGCAUUUGCUGCAACGCUGUCAACUUUGUGCUGCAAGGUUAGCUGUAGCGUCUACUUCUUUCUUUCUUUCGCCAGUCCUCCUUAUGUGAUGAACUUUCAAUUUCAUAUGUGGAAGUAAGCAACUAACUAUUCAGAUUUCAGAACUUAUACAGGGCUCUGAAAAUUUAGAUACUCUUAUCGAACAGUUCAGCAAUCAGCAUAGUAUCUACGGAGGGAGUUCUAAGAAUAGUAGUAAAAACGUGAUUAUAACUGUUGGGGAAUAAUGUGCUUUGUUUGUUAUGUUGUAGCUCACCAAGUUGGACUUGUAAAUUGUACCUAUUGUCCACUGCUGCUUAUGUACCCGUAUGGAUCUUUAGCGGUUCGCUGCUCCUCCUGCCAGAGGAUAACAUCAAUCGGAGUAUGUCAGACGACUCUUCAUUGUGCUCGAUUUAUGCAAUGUUAAUUAGUAUCCUUUGACGCAUUUCAAACUGUGGUGACUGCUAACUUGUGAUAUGCAAGGCUACACAUGCUUCGUUAUACAUGCCACGAUAGUGUUUAAAGAUCAUUAAUGAUAUCCUAGAAGAAGAAGUAUUGAAGGGUGUAUUCAUUUUCUCGUGGUAACAUAAAGGUCAAGAUAAGCAUUGGGUGGAUGUUCCUCUACAGAAACAAUUUAGCUUCUCAAAACAAGUCUGGAUUCUGGACUAUAACUAGCAACCUGCAAAGCCUAAAGUACAAUGUGGCUGACACUGAUAGGCAUUAUUAGCAGAAGCACACAGAGACAUGAAGACAAGGAAUUUUUUUCCGCAUUAUGGAUGGUUCUUUAAGUUAUGUUCUUUGUUUGAAUGUUAAUUGAGAUGUUUUCAUCAUUGAACUUGAUAAAGCGACUCUUGUUUCUCUAACCAGAUUUAUCGUACCGACAAAGGCUUGACUGCGAUUCGUGUAUACAUUAUGUGCAGGAUCAGAGCCAUCGCCCGCUAUGUUCUGUAAUACAGGGAUUCCCUGCCCCACCUCCCCACAAUCCUGUUCCGCUGACUAAGCCUACCUCCUAAAAACUGUGCAGCUCAGAAGGAACUGUGAAGAGUCUCCUCUGAAGUAGUGGUUUUGUGUAGGCUGCUUCUAUGACCAAGUCCAGAGAUGUUAUGAAUGCCUAUUGGGAUUUCGCUCAGAUGGUUAGCUUUAGAUCUACUUAUCUAGUUCUUUUGCCGCCAGUGGUGACUUGGCUCGGUGUCUAUGCUGAAGGUGAAGGUGCAGUCUCUCUAGGAAUUAAACUUUCCUGGUGGUGGUUAGAGUUGGGAACAAUGGGCGCCACGAAUCAAUCUCUAAGAGGAACAAGAUAAAAUAUGCUUAUGCUG